GGUGACUAAUCUCGAUUAAUCGUCUACUAACAAAAGCCUUCUAAUCAAAAUUACACUUUUCCAUCCACAAGUCCAUCUUCAUUGACUCCUAAUCUUCAACAGAGAAGUUCCCAAACAAACCAAAGUAGAAUAAAAGAAAACGAAAUGAAUAAGGAGAACUGAAAAGAAACUCAAAAACCGACUUCGGUCCGGCGGAAAAAUUGAUUCAGCGUAGUCUGGAGGGCCACGGCGAAUACGCGAGAAGAAGAGGAGCCGGGGGCGCGUGUGCGCAGUUCCCUCGACCAACAUGUCCGCCCGGGUACUCUAGGUAGUCGUGGUUAUGCGGCGCGGUGCGUUGCACACCGUCGUCAGGCGAAUCCUCGGUUUUCCGUGCUGCGUACGUCCGCGAGACACGCGUGUCCCUUCGAUGACCGGCUAAAGGGCCAGGAUCGCUGAGUCGUCGCCUCCUGGUGAUUGUGGCUGGCUCUGGUACGAGUUCACCAGAGGUAGUGCACGAGGUUCCGAGCAGCUGCGGGGAGGCUGGAGCCGCGACACGGACAGUCAGAGUGCUGCUCGAGAGUGGAGAAUCGCGGGAGAGCCAGGGAGAGACAGGGAGAGACAGAGGCUUACUAGAGGUGAAACACAAGCGGGCAAGAGAGGGAGAAGCUUGAGGCAGGCGCGCGUAUUGAUUCCCGCGUGGCGUUUAUACGGUGAGGUGAGAAAGCUGCAACCGGAAGACUUGUGCCCGCUUCCUUCUUGCUCGCUGAAAAAGUCGAAGGAAAGGCGGACUAGGCCAACCACAUUGGGUUCCUGGCUCUGAAGCUGCUCGUCCUUCGGUUACUAGAAAGGAGAGCGCGAGAAGGUGAUCGGUGGACCAGAAUGAGAGAAGAGACUCAGGUCUGCUCGAGCAGGGACCCGUCGGCCCUUCGCGCGAGAAAUGAUUUUUAGAAGGAAGAGGGCAUGACGCACCGAACUCAUGCAGUGGCGAAAACACGUGCGCAUCAAGUACGGUGGUCGAGUCGGUGUCGGUCAAGGGCAGCGGGAGCGGGAGCAGGUGCAGCUGCAGGUGCGCGUGGUGCAGCUGCAGCGGGAAGGGGGCGCACGACUCAGCUACGUCUGUCAUCAGCCUCAACUCUCGUCGACGGCUCGCCGCAGCUGCAGCGCAGCAGCCAUGCUCUGCUGCGGCCGCAGAAAAGAGGGCCGGGGGGAAGUGACAGACAUCAGUGCAAGUCCUGGGAGGCAAGCACCUGCCAACCAGUUGCGCCCCAAGGAACCACCCCCCAUGGUGAUUCAGGGAGAUUUCAGAAAGGUGAGUGGAAUCAGCACAGAGAUCUUCAAACAGAUCGAGACCGUCGAGAACGAUCAUGACGCCUCGACAGCAGCGGCCCUCGAAGCUGUCGAACGAAGGGGUGAGAUGGUCGUCCGAGUCAUCGAGCCACGACAGAUGGGCAGACAGGCGUCCGAGGCGGCGAAGAAGUUCAUUGCUAUGCAGGAUCCAAAGCACCCCAUCCACUUUGUCGAGAUAAUCAAAAGGCCAGGCCAGACGCUGGGGUUGUACAUACGGGAGGGCAAUGGCGUCGACAGAAACGACGGUGUCUUUAUCUCGAGGAUAGCCCUGGAGACCGCAGUCUACAACAGCGGCUGCCUGAAGGUUGGGGAUGAAAUCCUAGCAGUGAAUCUGGUCGAUGUGACGCACAUGAGCCUGGACGAUGUCGUGAUCAUUAUGUCGAUACCCAGGAGGCUCGUCCUGGCGACUAGGCAUGGCCAGCACCAGCCAGUCUCACAUAGUCGUCAGACCGAGCACAAAGCGCCUCCGGUUGUGGUGAUCAAGCGGGAGCUAAAUGAAGAUGAGAGCGACCAUGCAACGAGUAACCACGUCAGGGAUGGCAAUCGUAGGCGUGGCGACGGUCGUGAGAUGCUACCUUCCCGGUCUAGAUUAGGUCUGUCGGGUCUAGGCUCCAGUCAAGACCUAGGUUCGAGCAACGGUGAUCUAUACUACAACUCCAGACCGGAGGGACACUGGUCGUAUCAACCACCACCACCUCCUGUUAUUACACAUCAGCCAAAACCCUCUACAACGCAACACUUCCAGCCUUAUGAGCGUGGAUACCCAAAAACUUUGGAGAGUUUAGCUGAAAAAGUACACUCCUUCUACACGGGGCCAGUCAUCCCCUCAAAUGGUGGUCGUCGAAUGUCCACGGGCGCAGGGAUGCAAUCAGUUGGCAGUAGAUUGUCUAGUCAGACUCAGCCAUCGCAUUAUGGUUAUGGCCAACAUUCUGGAAGUGGAAGAAUUAUGCCUAGAAGCGGUUCAGAUCAACAUUUACCUCGCGUUGAUUACACUAGUAUCACCACUCCAGCUCGACAUACUCUUCUUAGAUCCAGCUUGAAGUCAGGAACAUCUGCGUUGAGAUACAACACCAGAUAUGGCACUCAGGGAGACAGUACAUCGACUACUCAAAGACAAGGUCAAUUUGGUACUCUAACCAGGAGGCACCGACCGUCGUUGGAUUAUGCUUCAGACACUGAAGCAACCUGUUCGAGUUCGCCCAAGUCGGCGUAUUAUUACUACAGGCACAAUAUGAACAAUCCGCCUCAGAGUAGCGCUGUCUCGCAUCUUGCCACCCUAUCGAGAUCACAAAUUGGUCAGAGUUCCUCAGGCUUGAGAUCGAAUUCGUUGCCUCGUAGUGGCAGAACGUUGCCCCAGCAACCAGGUCUCAGGUCUGGACUUAGCACAGUAGCAUCUGGACUAAUAGAUCAGGAAGAUAGUGACGGAGCACUAUCAGCGCCCGAACUACCUUCCAUUAGACGCGAUAGAGGAAGAAUACCGUCAUCACCCAGUGUGUUCACAUCAGAUGAGUACCGAGCAUGGCUGAGUCGAACGCCGAGUACCAGUGCAUUGUACGAGCAGAUUAGAGCCACUACGACUAGACCACCACGUUACACUUACAGCGCAGAGAACAUCCACGCAGCUGUAAAUCAAGGUGAAUAUGGAAGCUAUGGGACGUACAGACCAUUGUCCAGCACGCUGGAUCGUUUGUCAACAAGAUCAGCCUCUGCUCAGCAAGUGAAUCUUGCCAACUUAAGAGCAUCGACAGCGAUCAGCUCGACGUGUCAUCGUGGAACAGCGAACCCAAGACCGGCCUCGGUUGCAUCUAGUGCUCGUACGUCCUUGACGAGUCAGAAACCGUCACUGAGCAGCUCCACCACCCAGAGGGCAACGUCGGUCAGAAGAAUCAGGAACCUGCUGGACUUGGAGUCCACCCGAAGCAUACCUACCCCCACACCUACCAGAACUCAGGAUCAAAGACUGCUAGAUAUUAAUCCUGCAGAGUUCCUUAAGUAUAAGAUAGAAAAACCUCCGACUGUGGGAACUCCGAGCUCGACUAGCUCUCUUUUGAGCUCGCUCGGGGAAACCAGCAGCGGUGACCUGGCGGGUGGUGUUAGUGGACUACUUUGGGUGCAUCUUCUGGCAGGUCGUGGCCUCCGCUCAACAACAUCCUCCUCAGCGGCCACUACUCCUUCCACACCAUCAGGUCAGCCUAAUUUAGCUAGUUGCGGCUUGAGAGACCUUUACUGCGUACUGGAGUGCGAUAGGGUACACAAGGCGAGGACAGUGAUGCGAACUGGCGAUUUAAUGUUCGACUGGGACGAAACCUUCGAGCUGGAUCUCGUUGGCAACCGGCAGUUAGACUUGCUGGUCUAUUCCUGGGAUCCACAGUACAGGCACAAGCUUUGUUACAAAGGAUCUGUGCACCUGGCGACCCUUUUGAAAGAAUCACCAGUUCACCAGCUAGCUGUCAAAGUCGAACCACGUGGCACAAUUUAUCUAAGACUGAGAUAUACGGAUGCUCAGCAGACAUUCCGAAGGAGAGGACUCCCGGUCAUAUCUCUGGCUACCAGAGUGGCGCCACUUUUCGGAGUUGACCUUGACACGGUGGUGAGUCGAGAGAGCAAGACUGGUGGAGUUCCUGGAGGUGUUUCUACCGCCCUAGCUAUGGGUGUUCCAAAUGUGCCCAUAAUUGUAUGGCGUUGUGUCGAAGAAGUUGAAAGAAGAGGUCUUGACAUCAUUGGUCUAUACAGGCUCUGUGGAUCAGCUACGAAAAAAAGGAUACUUAGGGAGGCUUUUGAAAGGAAUGCUCGUUCAGUGAAUCUGUCGCCUGACAAUGUACCAGAUAUCAACGUGAUUACUGGUGUACUGAAGGACUACUUGCGAGAACUUCCAGAACCACUCUUCACAAGGUGCCUCUAUCAGAUGAUGGUCGAUGCAUUGGCCGUCUGUUUACCGGAUGAUCCACAAGGCAACGCAAAACUCAUGUUUAGUAUACUUGACUGUUUACCAAAGGUGAACAGAUGUACGUUAAUCUACUUGCUGGACCAUCUGGCAAUGGUAGUAUCACAGUGUAAUAAAAUGUCGCCAGCAAGUUUGGCAGUCUGUUUCGGCCCAGUUUUAAUGCUACAUUCUGAAGAGAAUGGACCGCCUUUGGAUUUCCAACAACCAAUAGCAGUUCUCAAGUAUCUUCUUGAAAUUUGGCCUGUUAAGUCAGUUCGGAAGAUUUCUUCAGUCGCUUCGGCGCUUCCUCGAGUUACGCCAACAGUCGAGCACAACAGCAGUCAACAGCAACUGCAGCACCAGCAGCAGGCUCAGCAACAGGUGCAACAACAACUGCAGGGAACAUUGGGACGCACAGGGCUGCCCUGGCAGCCUCAACACUCACUUCAUCAACAGCCCCCAACUACGGCAACACCCGCAGCCCUCGCGCCCUCCACUCGUCCUCCACCACCGGUCAAGCCUCGCCAGGUGAUAGUCUCGUCUCCCGGUUCACCUAGCAGUGAGGAGUCGGAAGCCUCGCCGGAACCGAUUAACAAAAGCCUCCUGGGCGGCCUGGGACUCGAAAAGAACAACGAAGGGGCCACAGCGAACUCGACUGGUCCUGGAACAGAACAGAUUACGCCAACCAGCAGUGUCGACACCGAGGAAGGAAAUACACCACAUCCUGAAGAGGGUGAGAAGGGCGUCGAGGGUGAUGCAGAGGCCAGCGAUGACGAUCGACAUUAGCACGUACCCAAUACGCAUUAGAGUCUCGUGAAAUAUGAGGAUUUAAUCGGGGAUGUGCGCCCUGAAUAGCUUCGACGUCUUCGUUUUACCGAUAGUUUGGAGAAUCUUGCGUUUCUUUUUUUUUUUUUUUUUUUUUAAGAAGAUGAGAUUACUAAGGAACAGUGUUGGGCAUGGAAUAAUGAAUACAUUGGAAAAUUAAAAUUUGUUCAACUAGGAAAUCACCUGGAUUAUCUAGUUGUCAGUUGUUAAUUGUUGAAAUAGACUGUAAACAGGCUCAAAGUCUGCCUACAGUUUCUCUAAAUUUAUUUAUUAUUUGAAGAAAGUUUGGCUAGCUUUGAAUCUUGCCCAAUACUGAUGCAUGCGUAUUAAGAGACUGACAAUGAAACUUGUAAUAGAAAUAUAAUGGAUUUUGAAGUCUGUUGGAACAAGAUUGAAAGGGUUUUGUUGCUCACAAGUGUGUUUGUUUGAAAUUGUUUAAAAAAAAGAGAGAGAGGUUAUAUUCUUAAAAUACAGCUUAUCAUUCAGAAUUGUAUGAAAUGAUAAACAUGUUAAGAGUUUCUGUUUCAUUUUAAUCAAAGAUUCUCAUGAUGUGUUGAUGAAAGCUGAAAAAAAAGAAGAUAUACUUUCUACUUCUGAUUUCUCAAAGAUAUUUAACGCGUUGACUGCUUUGAUUUAAGAAUCUAACUACAACACUUGUAUCGUGAAACGAUUUUUCAAUCUUUAAUAGGUAUCAGCUGCUCGUAGAGCAGCAAAGAAGCGAAAACCAAAGACUUGAGUCUUAAUCGAUGCUGUAUUACCUAGUGAAAUAAUUUCUCCUUGAAUGUUAUUAUUGUUGGCUGUGUUAGGAAGAUGGUUCUCUUCGUUGUGUAACGUUGUGUUUUGAAAUAUUUAUAGAUGUUUUCUGCGGCAGUCAGCGCGUCAAAUCGCACAUAUAUCCCUCUGAGAAUAUUAUGUUCGAAGAACAUAUAAUUUAUACAAUGAACGAGGCUGAAUAUUUGUCGCCAGACGCACAAUAUAAGCGAUCAUUGUUUCCGAGACGAAAUGACGCGCAUAAUGGGACCACUGCGAAUAUUCGUUAAAGAAAAUAUCUUCGCGAAAAAACGAGAUUCAGCGCUGAAAUUGACGAUCUGACGACUGACUGAAAGCCUUCUGCAAGUUUUAUAAUACGACUAAACAAAACCUAAACCAAAGAAAAAGAACUAAUCGAAAGUUAUGCUAAUAUUUAGAAGAAGAUUUUACUCUUUAGCUGCGAUAUAUAUUAUGAUUUCAUAAUGACCAAAGACUGUAACAGGUUCCUAGUUUGAAACUUCUUGCACAAAAUUUGACUCCUAGAUAAUUUUGGUCUCAUUCAACCAAUAAAAUAAGUCGCCAUAUGCAAGAGGAAAUAAUUCUCUCUUCCGCAGCUGAAGAGUCAAUAUUGUAAAGUUUUUGAACUUUUCUUCGAGCACAAAUGCCAGAAAAAUUAUCAACAGUUGAACUUUUUUUCUAUUCUAUCUUGAGAUCAGUCAAAGCUUCUUUCAAAAACCCAACGGUUGAUCAAGCAAAAAUGGAGCCAGUAGACAAGAAACUAAUAGAGGAAAGGAGGCAACGAGUGAAUAGUUGUACGACAGUGAACAUCUCUAAACAUCCCCUGCGUCCUAAAUUAUGCACAAAUCUAUUUUACCGACUGAGAAGAUAAUGUCCAAUGCAUUGAACAGCAAAGAAAGGGGUACGAAUGGAAUACAAAAAAGAAAUCUCGCGAUUCACCGCGCACAUCCUCAACUGAAGGAGAGACUCCACCGUUUCUCCAGUCGAUUUUUCAAUAAAAUUCAUGGUGUUUCCCGGCCGGUCGAGACUGAGAUCUCACGCGAAAAAGUUCCAGAAGAGUUUCUUCACCGGCGAAGCUAGCUGCAGAAGAAGAAAGGCGACAAGAACUGAUCACGCUGACUGGCGAUGGAAGAAGAAAAGAAAGAGCGAUAUACAGGGAGGACAGGAGAUGAAACAAAAAUAAAUAACCAAAGAGAAAACAUACACACACAAAAGGAAAAGUUGAAUAAGAAACAUACACACACGUAGAGACAUAUAAGGAAAUAUGAAGAUGAUGAAUCACACAGACACAACGGUCGAUUUAUAUACAAUAUACUAUAUAUAUACAUAUUAUAUAUACACACAUAGGCUAGUCACGAUAUACAUGUGCUUUUGAUAAAAAAACUAUUACUUAGAGGUUAGCUAGCCCUCGUAUACAAAACACAAAGGAACUGCUGAUGUACACGACAGCUGCGUCGCACAUAUACAUGCAUAUAUGUAAAAGGAGAAAAGAAAAUAAUUGAAAAAAAAAUGAAGGAUGAGAGACAGGAUGCAAAGUAUAGGUGCACGCAGACGAUAAAGUUAUACAUAAUAUAUAUAAUGUUCAGCGCGACAGGAGUCGAGGAACCGACUCCAUGACUUCUUGUACAUGUUGACAAUAGCAAACCGACGAACGGAGAAGAAAGAUAAAGGAGAGAUUGGAUCAGAAUAAAAGCGGAGAGCCAGUGGUAGAGGAAUAGAAACUCACCGAGAAACGAUAAUAAUUAAACGGUUAAUUGUAAACUUCUAAACGAUUAAAAAAACAUAGCCAGUAUUAUAAUUGUGUACGUGAAGAAGUAAGCAUUUGAAGAGGACGAGCCGGGAGAGAGACCACCCUUCGGUCAGGGUAUUCCCCGGGGUUCGUUUGUUCUACGAUCUCGUCAACGGGGACACGAGUCGUUAUUUGACUAUUGUUACUGUCAUUAUGGUUAGUUAGUAUAAUAUUGUUACGUACAGACAGUAGAUUUAAAUAGACUUCAUGGUAAUUAAUGACUAGUCCCAUUUAAAGCUUAUUAUUCUUUUGAUCUGGCUCUUAAUAUGGAAAACAAGUUCUUAAUCUACCUUGAGAUUUCACUUAUUUUAUCCUCACCUGGAACGAGUAAGAAGUGCAUUACUAAAGCUGUUAUAUGUCAAUGAAGUAUUCUGAGCCCUCAAAUUAAUGAACCCAAUGUUCACUUUAGUAUGGUUAUUGCGACAAAUUCCAAUUAGUUAAAUGGCAUCAUAACUAUUAUAUGUCUUCCAUCGCAUCCCAAAACACUCCUAAUUCCUGUAUUUUGCACUACAAACUCAGCACACAAUCUAUCCCAAUAAGCACCAUAGCUAUAAUUUUUAUUAUUAAAUAGAACUGCAAACUUCUAAUCUUUAUUUUCAUUUAUUCUCGUGCAAACUAUGCAUCUAUAUUUCUAUAUUUAUAACUUUGUUCAUUAGAAUCCUGCUGCACUUCCUUACUGAACUAGUUAUAGUACCCGUGGCGCUAGUAUCGCUACUGGCAAUGCUCAGCGCCAUACAGUUAUUUGACGAUAUCUUCUCAAACAGGACUAAAUUCCCAAAAAUCUACCGUGUGUUCGUAACAAUAUGUAUAAAUAAACGUUUAUAUGUAUAUAUGUAUAUGCAGAAUGAGUCCUCAGACGUUGUCAUUUAAAUUAACUUUCCUGUUGAUCGAUUUAGGAAGAGAAUAAUUUAAUUCUUAUUAACUUAAACGCGAAUUUCAAUUAAAUAAUAAAAUGUUUCAAUUUCAACGAUAGAGCGGUUUGAAACAUUUUUUUUUUUAAAUUAGUAAAAAGUUAUUUCACAUGACAAUUUCCAGCGACUCAUUCAGCACGAGAUAGUAACUUUAUUCAAUUUAAAUAUUCUUACCAUUUCGGGUGGUAUAGAAAAGUGGUGAUCAAACGUUUAAUACAGUACUUAAUGUCCAGUCAUAUAAUGGGAAUAGCUUUUUGUAAAUUUAAACAUAAGUUGUUCGAAGUUACAAGAGAAUUGCAAGGAAGCUAUUUCCAUUACAAGCAGUAGUUUUUAAUAAACACCACUUUUUCAUACUGCUGAAGACUAAGUACAGGUGUUUCCUUCGAUUGAAUAAAGCUAUUAUUGAACCCUAUAUAAAUAAUGUAUAAAUAAUACAUCGUGUAUAAAUAAUGGUAACAUUAGUAUGAAUGUUCACUAGCCCUUUGGAGAGGUUAUGUGAACAAAAUUUUAUUUUAAACUAUUAAUCUAGUCAGAAAAGGCAAAAAUAUCAUUUUCUAUAGUUAAGAACAAUCCUGUAUCAAAGACAAUGUUGAUGAAAGCACCCUGUUCAAAAAUAUUUAGUACUUGAAGGGGUUGACUGCUACGAAAUUGCUUUCUCAGCUCGUGUCCUCGUGAGUGAAUGCAAUCUGUAUAAAUGGCAUACGAUAUACUUAUCGUAUCAGCGUUCUUCAACAAAACAUUCAAGUUCUUGGAAGUUCAUACUAUUAGAUGAUACAUCAAAAUAAUGAUACAAUAUUUCCUUUAAUUCUCUUCUUUUUAAUUCUGUUGCUAUUCAAUGACCCGAAAUUUAAGAGAAAAAAAAGGAAAAAGGAAGGAAAAGUGAUUUUUUGAGCUCGCUGAAGUUACAUGAACAAAAGUCAUCUAAAGGAAAGUACAAGAUCAAGAUGAUAUUACAAUUACAAUACCCAUAUUACAAUUUGGCGAUAGUUGAAGCUAUAGUUUAAGGUAUCCUAUAAAUCUCUCUGACGCCGCUUUUUUAUCUUAAUUAUUCCUGAAGAUGGAACUUUACUUUUUGAUCAAAUAGUACACUAAUGCACACAUAAAUUCCAAUAGGUCAGGGGCCUGCAUUGUAAUUGUAUCAUAACAGAUAUAUACAAAUUUUAUCCCAGGGAUAUUCUCGAGUCUCAUAAUAAAGAAACUUUGACUUACUAGGUUAUGUUAAGCUCGAGAUACAAACCAAUGCGGAGUCAUAAGUAUAUAUCACUGUUGACUUAUUGAAAAAUGCUGUUACGAUACAAGAAUAUAUCUAUGCAUAUAAUAUAUUUACACGUAUGCUAUCGCAUACGCCAGUGCGCUCUCUUUUUUCCGCACAGUGUUAGUUUAAUUGGUGGCAUAUCGUUAGAGGAUGUCACCAGGGGCGGUGUUUGUUUUGAGUAGCCGAGAUUCGAGGGUCAUUGUAUAGCUCAUUGUCUGUGUACCAUAAUUCGCGUAGCCAUAUCUCCGAUCUUAUCGAGCCCCCGACUGUUUCACUAUCGUUCGAUGUGCAAGCGCCACGGAACGCCGGUCCCUUCUUUUUUAUAUUCCUCCUUUUCACUCCGUAUAUUUUAAAAUUCCAUUCUUUAGUUCCAUGUUAGUGCCAUUUAUAUAUAAUAGUUCUAUAUCGUGUAAGUACUGUAUGAUCUCUCGUUGUCAUCAUUUUGUAAGAAUAUGUAGCGAUGUCUACUUAGUGUUCCUAACCUAAAAUUAUAAUAAGCUACAAUAUGGCGAGAGCGUAAAAUCAGGCAAAGUAAAUGUAUUUGAGUUGUCAAGGUAAAGAAUUUGUAGAAACAUAAGCCGAAACUUUGAUCAGGGCUGCAUGAAGAAAUUUUUAUCGCGAAGAUAUUUGCUUAUUUUUUAUAAAAUGUAUAUAAGAAUUACCUUUUAAAAGCCAAUACCCAAUAAUAAAACUGACGUUCGUAAUUCUUAAACAUUGUAAUACUGUUUUAUCAAUUGACUAGAGAUUCUUCAAUUUCUGAAUUUAUGUUAGGUAAAGCACUCGUUAUUUAAACGGUGAACCGAGCCUACUUAUAUUCUACUUUUUUGGUUAUAUUCGUCUAUUCAAAAACAUAAAAUUGUAUAGAAAUUGAAAAAGGACCUUAUAAAAAUAUUGCUAUAUAUACAAUCUCUCAAGAAGAUUCUGUAUAAUUAGGCUCAUAUAAAAGUUGAAUUAUCCAUGUUUAAAAGAAUUAUCGCCCGUCUAUAGAUUAACCAGGAUAACCUUACUUUUAGUAUGUAAAGCUUGUCAGAAUAUUCUCGGCGGCCGGCGUUCCUCGACGUUCCUAAUUUUUAGUAAUAACGAUGAAAUCACGCGCCCAGAAAUACGCGUACCAUUAAUUAUAAUUAUACAUGAAAGCACACUGCCGCAAUUUUGUAUGAUUGACUGUUGUUAUAUAUACCUAUACCUACAUAUUAUGCUACGUAUACAUAAUUAUUAAUUGUGACUCGAAUCGAACGAUUGGUACGUGUCUGAUGAGGGAUUCCAGGUUAAUAAAUUCAGGUUUCACGCAUUUGUAUCUUUUCCGAGCGUUUUCGGUUUGUUCAAUCUGAAAAAAGUGCAUUUAAAGGAAACAAAAGGCAUUAGAAACGCAAUCUUUGAGAACCCAAUUGUCAGAAAUUGAAUUUCCAGUGGACUGUUGUGUUCAUCAAGUAAGAUAUGAUGAAGAGGAUGAUGCAAAGAACAUUUCUUAUCUAAUAAACGUAUGUCCGAUUUUGCUUCCUUUUUUUUUAAUUAUAAAACGAAUUGCUUGCUGCUAGGCAUCAAAUACUCGCAUUUUCAAACGUCAACUACUUGAAAACAAAACAAAAUCGGAUAUAUAUCUAUUAGAGAAAAAAUGUUUUUUUGAUCAGCCUCUAUCUUCGCCCGAUUAAUCCAUACUUCUGAAAUCAUUCUCUAUAUUUCUUGAGCAUGAAGAAAUAUAAAAUAUAACAAAGGGCAGAUAAUAUAUAAUUGAAUACCAAAGCAACAGAUGGACUGGCCGAAAGCAGAAUUUGACAAUCAGUUUUUAAUCAAUUGCAAGACAUUUCAUUUCGAUGAACAAUUCGUACGCAAUGAAAUAUUCGUUUAUGAUGGCCUGGAGAUCCUUCGAAAGACAUCGUAUCGUUAUUAAUGGAACCCCUUGAUCGAAAGAACCGAACGAAGGAACUGAGCCCAAUGUACUGCAAGUUCGUGGCCUCGACUUCUCUAAUUCCUUUCUGAAGAUCGUAUUUUCUUUCGGUAUCUUCGGUCGGCCUCUUCUUUUCCAUUCCAAGAAGACUCAGCGAGCAAUUGCUUAAAAUAAACUAAAGAAAUAUUAAAAAAUUGUGGAGAAUGAAGAAGGUUUUGAUUCUAAUAAUUCACAACGAAACUUCUGAGGAAGAAGAGGGUCGAAGAGCCACUCAUGGCUUCCGUGAGGAUUCAUUUACAAUGUGUAGAGAAGAGAAUAGAGUGGAAGAGAAACGAAGUAGAAUAGACUGGUGAGUGAAAGAAAAAUGAAAGGAAAAGCAAGAAAAAAAAAACGAAGCAAGGGGCGUAAUAUCGAUAUAAGAAUCUAAUUUUUUAUUAUGCUCGCAUUACCUGAUUCUCUUGCGCAAUCGCGUUUCAUCGAACAACCAAUACCAUGACUGCAGACGUUUCUUCGGACGAAUUUUUGCGCAAAAUGAAGAAAACUAAAAGAACCCAACGGCUUGUAUUUUCUACCGUGGCACACGAUCUUCGAGCGAUUUUAUUCUUCUUUACGAUAACCCCGCGAUAUUUUAUAGGCCGAUUAUUUUGAUAAGCUCGAGCGCGCCAAUAUCUGGAAGAAGGAGGCGCGUUUGUCUUGCUGCGUACACGAUUCACUGAAGCAGGGCCGUCGAAUUUUCACUGAAAAAGAAGAAAGUAAUAGAAAAGGAGAAAAUAUGGAGAGUAUGCAUUGCAAAAGAAAGAAGAUUCAAUGAAUGGCGAAUAUAGUGAUUUUUAAAUUCUAUAUCUUCUCCUUUACACUUUGAGUAAUGUGUUAGAAAAAAAUAAAAAACUGAUUAAUAUUUGAACACUAAUAACUUAUCUCUAGAUAAGCUAUUUCUAUGAAGCUUGAAACAGAGAAAUGAAAUUGUAAAAUAGAUAUGUAGAAGAAAAGAGCAGAAGAGGAAAGCAGGACUUCUUUCAUGAGAGAAAAGGCACGAAGAAUUUUUAACAUCUGUUUCACUGUUGAGGAAUAAAAAUUCCUUGUUAGCUUAUAAUCAACGAAACACAUUUAUUUUCAAGCUUUAGGAAAGACAUGAAAGAAGAAGAAGAAGAAGUAACCUAUUCGACGGUUCUGAGUAUUAAUUCCGCACAAUGAGACUAGAAAGAAGUAUCAACAAAGCCUCUUUGUAUUAUUUUGAGGUUAGGAGCGCGUAACUUCUUCAAUGACUCGUGAAUACCAGCAUCGUUUCUGAUUUCCCCGUAUACAGGUCUUUUUAAUCGUCGAAUCCUAGCGCUAACAUAUAUUGAACUACGUAUAUACGAUGGACCAUGUUUGUCAUACUGAAACGUUUCUAAAAAAAAAAGCAAAAAAAAUAAUGUGAGAGAGAGCGAGAGAAAGGGAGUGAGAUUGAGAGAGUUUUUCCAUGAUUUUUCUAUGAUUUAGAAGCAGACAGUAGCCAGAGUUGCAAUUGUUGCAUUCUUGAAAAAAAAAUUUCUCAAGGAAGAAAGUUUAAAAAAGAAAAGAAGAGAUGAACGAAUGAGUAUAACUAUCGACUUUCUACGAUUCAAACUUAAGUAGUUCGUAUCAUAUAGUUUCUAGUUGUUCCUCAAAAAUCCUCGAAUCGUCGCGAGGUUCAUUCUGAAUCAUUCAACACAAACUUCUUCGAUGAUCUACCUUCAAUACUCGUUUCCUCGAUUCGAUUCAUACGAAGAUCCUAUUCAGUGUUGCAUCAGAUUACUUUUAGAAACGAAUUAGGUAUUCCAAUCGUUCGUUAAUCUUCUUUUAGACCUAAAUAGAUUUUUCAUAUCAGACGCAGGUCAGUUUAAAGAAAAUGCUACUUCAUUACUACAACGAAGAAUAAAAAGCCAAAGUCUGACUCUAAAUAUACCUUUCACCUCUCCAAAUCCUUCUAUGAAUAGUCUAGAAGCAGAAAAAAAAAGCUACAGCACCUAAAAAGAUGGAUGGAAGUUAAAGGGAAGAGGAAGACAAAGAAAACAGCUCACAGUGAACCUCGAGACGAUUUCCAAAAACCAGCUUGGCUACGAUUUACGUUGUUCUUCCUUCAUCCUUCCGGUAGACGAUGAUGAUCUUCAAUGAAGGGGAGGAUCCUGGAGAGAGAGACACAGUGAGCAGCACAAUGCGCUCUCAGAGCGCGAAUCUUAGAGAAUAGUCAUGAGGAUGAUAAAAAAACGAAGCGGAGAAGAUAUUCGAAUUCCUCGAGCCGUCGUUCACCAUGACGUAGACGUAGAAACGACGAACUUCACACUCCCACGUAUUCAGUGCUCAAUGACUCCAAAAAAAACGAAGCAGCCACACAGGAUAGUAAGUAGUUGGCAAGUAGUCGAGUUGUCUAUACAAGAAACGGUGAGACAGAUAUAUGUAUACUUUGAGUCAGUAGACCAAGCAACGAGUUAAUUAUGUACAGAGAAGAAAGACAAAAAAAAAGAAGAUGACUAGGAAGAAUAAUUACAUAUUCUCGAAGAAUACUUAGUUCUUCUGUCGUUUUCUGAGCCCCACAUCUCGGGGGAUUCGAUGAUGUACGAAGCGUUCUCUUCUCAAUUCACGAAGAAGUUGACGAUGACGAUGAUGCAGAAGUUGAUGAAGCUAGGAGAGAUCAGUGAAGCCUGUAAAUAAGUAGAAUCUCGUUCGUCACGUAUUUGGACUUGGUCUUUGGUCACGGAUGCGCGCGACACAAUUCUAUUCAGAUAAAAUAGAAGAGAAGAGUAUUAUAUAUAUAUAUAUAUACACAUACACAGAAUACACGCGUACCAGGGUCGAAGCUGGCUGUCCUGGGGCCAGGUUAUAUUCUCUCUGAUCCAUGAUGUACAGUUUUGGAGGCCGUUGAGAGGCGUGAGGGUCCCAGAACUGGAUACGACCGUGCAUAAUGCAGUUAUCUUCAGAAGAGUAUAGCUUCUUGUGUAAUUAUGUGAAUUGUACGUAGAAAGACACUUAUCUCCAAGGAAUAGCUGCGAACACAUAUCUCAAAGCCAGAAUUCAUCCUAUCUGGUGCAGAGGGAAAAAUGGAUACAGACGGAUUCAGAAUGAUGGCAACGAGGUGUGGGCCCUCCUUUGAAUAUUAGAAACUAGUUUCUAGCAAGGAACUUGCCGUGAUCGGUCUUGAUCGCUUUCUUCUUUUCAUUUCUUCCUGGUGGAAAGUGGUUUCUUGUCUGAUCGAUGGACUCGGAGACAAUUAAGACUCUCCCAAUGUAAGAUUUCAUCCUUCUACUUCUUGUCACUUAACCUAGGAAAUAAUAAAUAACAUUCGGUUGUAACGUUUUAGGUUAGGUGUUUUGAAAGAUAGGGAAAUUAGUCAGAAUUGGGCCCACAAAAUCUUGAAAGUGAUUUAAAGGUAUCCGCCGAUCAAGGUUCUGCGCUUGAUCGUCUCCAUCCUUCAUCGAGCAGGGGCAUAAUUAGGUCGUAGGUUUUACCCUAAAGCUUUCAUCGUCCUACAUAUCAUAGAGAAGAAGAGAUCCUUUUGUUUCUGUGGUAGAAAGAUGGGCCUACGAAGAAAAUUCUUAAGGUUCAGCGGAGUACUUAAAUAAAAAGAAUGAAAGUGAGUGUGAGAGUGAGAAAGGAAAGAAAGAGAAAGAGAAAUAUGCAAUUAGGAACUCGAAACAAAAGAAAAGAAGAAAUAAGAGGGCCUCUAGUAAUUGAUAGGGAAACGAGCCGCGUUUCGUGACAAACGAGAAACACGCUUUUUAGGAUUAGUCGCAGCUUCGACCUAGCCCCCCAAAAAUAUAACUAAAUAGCACUUUCUAAUGUGCACCCUGAAAUUCUUCCCUUUUCCUUAAUUAUCGUGAGUUCUAUCCCUCAAUGUAAAAAUUUUGUCUCGAAAAUUCAUUUACCAAUAAUAUAAUAUUAGUAAUACAUCUAUUAAAUUUAAUUAAUUCAUUGUAAUAUUCAAUUUAUGAUCUUAGAUCCUUUUUUAAAUUUUCUUUAUUACUUUAUGAUGAACCUUAUGUUGUAAUUAGAGCUCUCGACAAUAAUAAAGGAAAAGGAUCUGAUGCAGCUCAUCGAAUCAUUCAGUUUUCCAACAUAUCCAUCUUCUGACCUCGUAUUUUCAUAAAUCAAGACAUAUGACAUGCACAUCCUCAUCUAUAAGGUUCGUCGACAAAUUAUUUUCAUAAUCAGACUGAUCUACAUCGAUCUCAUACUGUCCUUAUUCGAUAGCUACUAUCUUACAGUAUUACAAAGGUCGGAUUCUUUUCUCCUUUUUCGUAAUUCCCGCCAGAACCAGAAACAUUUUUAUACAAAGGAAUUUUUAUGACCCGAAUAAGCGACAAUUGUCAACCCUUUCACAUGAGGGUUUUUUUUUUUCUUCUGAUAUCGUUUAUGGAAACAACUCCUAUUGCUUUCAGAUUGUUUGACAAUAAUCGUGACUGAUGAAUACUUAGAACGAUAAUUAUCGAGCCCGAGAACUUCAUAAGGGGAGAAAUACUGAUAAAACCAAAAAAAUAAAAAAAAAAUUUAAAAAAAAGAAUAGGAAUAAUGAUGAAAAGUUGAGUAUUAAUUAUUAAAGUAUGCGCAGAUAACUGAAUCACACGUGUGGAAGGGAUGAAACACUAAGAUAAAUUUGUAUUUCAACAAAUGGUUUCUUCAUUCAUUCCAUGUUAAUUGACGAUUUUGUAUCAUCUUUAUUAUGAUUUUUACAGAUUAAUAUUUCAUAGGAAUCUCUACGUAAACAUGUACAUAUAAUCAGUGCUUAGAUCAUCGGAUCUCCACACACAAUAUCGCUGUCAAUCACUGUCAUGUGAAGGGAGAAAAAGUGAAAGAAUAAAAAGCUUACGAUUAUUUAGAGAGGAGCCUGUGAAACUCUCUGUUAAUAGAAAUAGCGUGGAUGAAUAAUUGCAAUUCACUUGUUGUAUCAUACACCUUGAUUGAGGAAGUCUGUUGCACAUUGGUUACUGUUACACAUAGAAGAAGUUUAAUGUUGAACACUUUAGCCUGAUAUCGAUGAGACUCCAAACAUACACACAAUUUAAUUUAAUGAAAGACUAACUUGUCAAUGAAGUUAAUGAUAAAUUUGAAAGAGCUUUUUCGUUUAUAGUGUUUAAAUUCUUGUUAAAUGUAUAGCCCACUGUGCAACCAAUUUCCUCAGUAAUUUUAACAUCUAUAGGGAAUGAUUGGUAAACUGUUAUAGGAACGAAUGAAUAAGAGUGAGAGGCAAGCAUACGUGUCUGGGUGUGGAUGAAAGAAACAAGAGCAAAAAGACGAUACAAAGAAGCCAGGCGAUUAAAUCGCCAAGAGAAUUGAAAAUUCUAAGUGUAUAAAUAUAUUUACAAAAUCGAGUGCAUCGAGUGUUAUGUGUGUAGAAGAGUCAGAAGAUGAAUGACAGAGCGAAAUAAUAAGCAAGGAGAGAGAGCAGUGAGCUUGGAAGAAGGCGAGUGAAAGUUUAUGUGAAUGUAGAAUAGGUAACGAGAAACUAGAAGGUAUAAAAUACUAAUUUUAGAAGGAGGAAAGGGAAAACGUAGAGAUACUACGAAAGAAGGGAAAGAGAGCGGAUAGGACAGUGAUACGAACAAAUGAUGGAUGAGUGCUAUAUCAGUAUUUGCGCAACAACAAAAAAAAGUUAAAAGUCCCAACUUAGAAGCGUAUCAUGAAAUAAAUUUGACUCGAAUUUCGAGGAUCGAUCGAUCCUCCGAUCGAAGCUGCUGAACGAUCCAGAAGACGAAUGUGUGGCUAAAAGUAUGAAUGAAUGAGCAAAAGGGAGGGUGGGAACGAGGGAGGGAGGGAGAUUAUAUAUAUAUAUAUAUAUAUACAUAAGACAAGAAAGAAAAAUAUAUAUAUAUAAAUUAUACAUAUAAAAAUGAAGGAGAAGAAAAAACAACUAUCGUUGAUCGCUAUACCAAGCAAGUAGAUAUAUAUAUAUUAUAUUGAAAAAUAUAUAGUAGCGUGUCAGUAUAAUUAAUUACAAUUUGUAAGUGCGCGUCGCGGCGCGCUUUUACUAGAGACGCCCAUUGACCGCUCAUGCGAACCAGAGAAAAAUCAACUAUGAAAGGAAAGAAAAGCAUCGAUGAGAGUGUGAACACAAAAGAUAGUGUCGAAUGGGAAAGUAAAUGAAAAUGCGUAUCUUGUGUGUGACAGUGUCAAUUGUAAAUGCGUCCGGCUUUCUAGAAAUUUUGUCUUCAUCUAGGGAUAUUUUUCUAAUCAUCAAAGAUCUCCCUUGAAAUUUUAGAUCUUACAGUUUUCAACAGAAAAUUUAUCAUAAGUUGGUAGCAUAACUAAGUAAAUUUUCCUUAGAUCAAAAAUGUUACUAGGUGUCUAUAAUAAUUUUUGUUUUUUAAACGUUGGUCAAGCCGGACGCACUCCAAGAAGAUGUAGAAGCACAGUACGCGGAUACAAGUACAGCAACUUCAACACCAAAACGAAAUAGAAUUUCCUGCAAUAUAACAGAAUUUAGAUCAAUUAUGGGAAUUCUUUGUAGCUAGAGAUUAUAAAAUAUUCGUAUUCUUCGCUGUUUUUGCGUGUCACGCGUAUUCGUUUGUCCAAGUCGCUUUGAGGUCCGCAUCGUAACGAACAUUCUCGCGAUAAAAAAAGAAAUCUAGGAAUAAGAUGAAAAAAUCAUUAUGGAAUGGGUAAAAACUCUGUUUUUCCGAUUUACGUUAUGUUCAGUGUGUUCACACGUGACCGUAAGAUUUGCGCAUUAGUGAGCCAGGCACAACGGGUGAAAUGGAACUUCUGCUUUCGAGGACUGACUUUUUUAUGUCGUUCUAAAUAAAUAAUAAUUGUAAUGAUAAAGAUAAUGAUAACAAUAAUAUUAAUAGUAAUAUCGAUAACGAUAAUAUUAAAGAAAAAAUAAAUAAAUAAAUAACGAUGUGUGCGUUCGAAUUGCUAAUAAUAAUUAAUAAUAAUAAUAAUACGUAUACCUUAAGGCACGUUUUCACCCAGCGUGUUUGGCCAUGGUAACCUGUUUUCCAUUGUUUGUGAAAAAUUUAUUGCGUCGCGACGUUAUCGAUCUUGAUGACGAUCGAUGUUUAUUAAUUAUUCAAAUGAUUAUCAAUAGUAGAGCCCAUUCGAGGUAAAAAAAGGCCUUCACACUCGAACACCUAGUUACAACGAUCAAUCUCGAUUUUUUCAUUUGCGUUUUGCAGUGGAAACGGGUAUACAAAGUCAUCUAGAGAAAAAUGGAAUCGUAUGAGAAAUUCCCCAAGUUAUUAAAUAUUACGUAUGAAUAAUGAAUAUAUUAACGACAAAGUAAAAAGUGGUUCGAGUGAGAAGGAUCGAUUAGUUAUUAAUUAGCCAAGAAUUGGUUAAGCUGGAGGCCACACUUUAUUUUUGUUUCAUUUCACGGCAAGUAGACCGCCAACCUAAUCGAUAAUAUCAUUAAAAAGAAGUAAUAAUAAUUUGACUAAUUUCGAACCAAACGAAAUACUUCAAAUUACAAAAAAACGUGUAAUUUCAUUAUUCUCAAUAAUAUAAAUGAUUACUAGAAAUGGAAUUCUAGAUAUAGGGAAUAUUAAGUAUACGAUAUUUUCUAUCGUGAUCACUACUUCCGUUAUCGAUCAUAGGUUGGCAGCCUGCCGGCCAAAAGGUGACGCUUGAUAGCGAAUCGAUAAAUCUCGUGCAAGUAAAUGAAAAGAAAAGCAAAAAAAAAUGGUAAAGAAUAGGGUUCUAACGUCACCGAUUCCGGUGAUAAUUUAGUCAGUGUUAAGUCCACAUUAAUUCAAGAUGGAGGAUCGAUGGUGUGCGCGAUCAUUGAUCGAAUUAUAAAUCAACAGUAGGACAUAUUGUAGAGCGUGAGAAUUUCAAAGAGGUAGUACUACCGUUGUUCCGUUGAUCGUUUUUAAUAGAUUUUAUUGUGCCGUGACCGCAUCGCGUGCUCCUGCUAAACGUUCGUUUCAUUGCUGAAAGGUAACAAUAAAUAAUUGACUUAUUAACAAACAAUCAUCCGGUGACCUUCUUAAAUAUCUAUAAUUACCCGAUAUCAUUCUGUUCACGUUAACAAUGUUACUAUUUUUAAUUUACUAGGGGAUUUUGGGAAGUGCAACAUAAAUCCUGGGGAAAAUAAUUCCAGAGAUUGGCAUAAUGUAUAAUAGAAAGUAUAGACAGUUCUUUUGCAAUUUAGGAGAAAUUCUUGCUCCUGAGAUUAUGAAGACGUAAAGAAUUUAGUCAAUUAGGUGAUCUUGUAGGAUAUUUUCCUCAGGCAUGAUUCCAUUUAUCCAUUAUAGAUUUAAUUUUAAUCGCUCUAUUCAAUAUUUAAUCAAAAUUUGUAUGGGUAGGAACUAUAAAAUUAUUCCAAAAUCAAAUUUGAAUUUUAAUUAAAUAUUAUGUAAUAUUUUCUCUUUAAUUUUUAGUUGCUUCAACGAAUUGUUCUCUUGUUUAAUAACAUGGAAUUCAGUUUCACCUACUGCUAUCUAAAGAUAUUAUGCAUAACUUGGUACGACCACCAGGUGCUUCGAUCAGAUCUGGUAAUCUGAAAGAAUAAAUUCCCUAGGAAGAUCGAUAUCGAUCUUCCGAAGAGCAAAUUUUAAGUUUUCGUAUUUCCAGUAACAAAAUGAUGAUCGUGAGGUUCCACGGGACGCGGCCACGCUUAGCUAGGACUAUUUUUCUAAGUUGCAAAGCAUAAUAAAUUAACGAUGUUGCAUUAUCGUUAUUAGAGUAUAUUAUAAUGUACAUUGAUAUUUUAACUAGCCGAGUAAGUAUGAAAUAAUGUUACAAAUCAUAGUAGACGAGCUCCAUAUAAUAUACACACACACAUAUAUAUAUGUACGCGCGCGCGCGCGUGUGUGUGUGUGUAUAUAUAUAUAUAUAUAUGUAGGUAACCUUGGUUGCGAUCGUCAGCUAUCGACUAAUCGUGCCGGUUCGCACUUGAGGUCGGUGUACGCGCGCGCACUGCGACGCGCUCAUUAGCCUGAUAUACCUAUCAAUAAAAACUGAAAACGUCGGCGAAUAUAACACGUAAAUGAGGAUUAAAAGAUCAUGAGAUACGAUUUUUUGCGAGUUAAAACACGCCAUUUUGAGUUCCAGCAUCGAUCGAUUGGCGAUCAAGAAAGUACAAUGGAUGCGAAUUAUCUGAGAGAAAAAGGAAUAUCCUAGACGUGCGUACCACGAGGCUGGAACAUUAAUGAGCGUAUGCGUGCGUGAAAUAUAAGAGUGAUUGAAUACGAAUGGGAAAAAGAUAUGAUUGUGGUCUUUGACCAGAGAACAAAGAGAAUUAAAAAUAUGAAUCGUUUUGUCAGUCACCUCACUUAUAUUAUACAAUGUCAUAUUACUAUGCUGCCAUAUGAUAUAAAUAUAUGUCUACAGUAAGGAAUAUAUUACUAAAACAUUAUAAAUAAAUAUGUUAUAAGUAAUUA